AUGGACAUCCCAAAAAACAAAUGCAACCUGUCAGUCCUGAAGGACCAGAUAAUACGGCUGGCACGUAACAAAACGAUAUCUGCCGUGAAUUUGUACGACAGUAUUUUUGGAUUGAACGGGUGUUUGGAUGCGGUCAGGGAUACGGUGGUUGGUGGUGUUGUGGAGGAGUGUUUGUGGUGGUAUGGGCGUAUUGUUGAUGGGUAUGAGGGGCAUGUGGAGGAAUGUGGGUGUGUGGAGGGGGGUAGUGAUGACGGUAUAGAUGGUGAUGGGGUAGUGAUUGACAGCAGGGAUGGCAGCAGGGAUGGCAUCAACACGGUAAAGGAAAUUAACACAGGAACUAGUACGGUAAAUGGUAGCAGUGCUAGCGUGCCUUUUGGUGCAGCGCACCCCAACGCUGCUCCUUUUGACGACCGUGCAAUUGAACGGCUGCCACCCGGUCCGUACAUAAACACGUGCACCGCUUCUCCCGCUGUUCUCAAGGAAUUGAUCCGCAGAUACGCGCACUACUUCGAUGCAUUCAGCUCAUUUAUCUCGAACCUUUCAGACCUGUGCUUUCUGCUCAACACGGAGCGCUGGGAUGUGUACGAGAUGGGCAUGGACAUGUGGCACGCGCACGUGCUCGACCGGCUGGUGCACUUCGGUGAUGCGGUGUGCACCACCGUGCACGUAUCGGACAGUGCACCAGAUCACAACGAUACACACGCUCUCGUGCACGUGUUGCACGCAUUCAUGCGCAUAAAAGUGGAGCACUCCACUUAUUACGCAUUAACAUACGAGCAUGCACUGUUCAUGCGCAUUAAUGCGCUGUACACUCGCGUGGCACUCACGUCCAACUAUGCGCAUGAAGCGCAACGUAUAAUAACGCAUGAGAUGGCGAACAGGACGUGUUACAUGCUGCCCGUUUCAUUCCCAGCACACAACCAGGCACUCAUCAGCCACUUCGUGCUGCCGUACUCCGCCCACAUAAUUGAGCAAUGCAUUCGGUACUUUGAUGAUUACCGAACGAUAUACGAGCUGAACGAUGGGCGCACGAAUGCGCUCUUUGAGCGUGGAAUGGCCGCGUACUUACGGAGCGUGCGUAUCGAUGCGUUGUGCAUAAAUGAGCAGUUUGAGCGCAUGAUUGCUCAUUUUUGGGACAGGACGGGUGUACGGACUGUUGUUGAGAGGUACAGGAUCGUGGUGGUGGAGAGGAACUGCAAUGUUGAGAGGAUGGUGCGAUGGAUUGAUGGGCUGGUGGACGGACGGGUGGAGAAGGAGGUGCUCUUGGAUGGUGCUGUGAGUGAUGAUGAGCUUGGGUUUGUGGGUGACGGAUCAGGACCGGAUGGUAUCACCGGCAUGAACAACCACGUAGACACCAAUGACAUGUGCAUAAACAGCAGGAUAAAUGCAAAUAGUACGUGCAUAAAUAACGAGAUACGUGCAAAUGCAGGCGAUGCCAAGCCGUUCCAUCCCACCAUUCUGCAGCCUUUCCUCAAAAUAAUGCCAUACACCAACACGGACGCCUUCAUCCACUACUACGAGAAGAAAAUGAUGAACCGUUUGCUAUCGCACGUUGUGAACGUGAGCAGAGAGCGUGAAGUAAUGGAGCAGCUCAAGGCGUACUUUAUGCCCAACCUGUUCAGGAAGUGCGAACACAUGCUGGGCGAUUUGAUACGUAGCUAUGGUUUGAUGGAGGAGUAUGAGCGUGGGAAUGAAUACGUAGCGGGUAGAAAUGCGUAUAAGAGGUUAUAUGUGGGGGCAAUACCAAAUACUGAUAGUAUAGUUAUGCAUAAACAGAAUAAUAGUGAUAAUAAGGUUGUGCAUGGACAAGAUAAGAGUGAUAAUAAGGUUGUGCAUAAACAGAAUAAUAGUAAUAAUAAGGAUGUGCAUAAACAGAAUAAGAAUGAUAAUAAGGUUGUGCAUGACUCAUCAAUCAACACGAUAGUACUUAAGCAACCGAUACACCACAGAAUACUUACAAGUCAUAUGUGGCCGUUCACACCACGAGGUAUAAAAUACCCCCCGCUACACGAGCUGUCAGCCUUCAAAGCGUUCUACUCCGCAAUGCAUAACACGCAUAAACUGGUUUAUGAUUACGAGCUGAGCACGAUGGACGUGCGCAUUGGCAGCGUUGUAAUGCGCAUAAAUUUGGUGAUGUUUGCAGUGUUGAAGAAGGGGCAGGGACGUGUGAGCGAGUUGGUAAGUAUGAUGGGGGACAGGGAGUGCGUGCUUGAUAAUGUGGGUAGGAUGGCAGAGGAAGGUGUUAUUGUAUUGGAUGGGGAUGAUUAUGUGGUGAGUGAGUGGUUGUGUAAUGGAGGGGUGUGGUAA